CUUUACUUUCUUCUGAUACAGGACUGCGGUCGGUGCAGGCCGGAAGCUGUGGGAGAGCGCGGUCCGGUCCAGACUCUGCGUGGGCAUCCGGUUGGCGUUCUUGGGUUCGGCUAUUAGCACCUGGAGUCAUAUUUGUCGGCCGCCAUCGUCAAACUUUCCGGAGCCGAACUCAUAGAACAUUUCAGAACAAUGGACAACCAGUGAAUUCGGUUAUAAGUCAGGACUUAAAAGCAUGGCCGCCUACAUCAAGAAUGAAGGAAGACGUCACAAACUAAGAAUUCUUAGCAAUAAACCCAGAGUUUUUCGACUGUACAAACAGUUAGUCAGAGAACUUCAUUUGUCAAGAGCAUGCAGAUUGAAUAUAAAUAAGGUCACUGAAGUUCGGAUUCCUGUUCCGUGGGGUCACAUUGCAGGCAAAUGGUGGGGAGACACCAGCAAACAACCUAUUCUGGCUCUUCAUGGAUGGCAGGAUAAUGCAGGAACUUUUGAUCCACUUUUCGAAUUACUCCCAGAAUCUACGCCAAUUCUUGCCAUUGACUCCCCUGGUCAUGGUUUCUCAUCACACUAUCCUGAAGCAAUGCUUUAUCAUAAUGCUAAUUACAUCAUGGUUUGUCAACGUGUUAAGAAGUAUUUCAAAUGGGAAGAAAAGCUCAACUUCUUGGCUCAUUCAGAAGGUGGAGUUAUAGCAUUUUUGUAUUCGUCUAUAUAUCCAGAAUUCGUAAACUCUCUCAUUACAUUGGAUGUUAUCAAACCAUUUGCUUCAGAAGAUGGGGAAAUGAUAAAGCUUGGCAAAUACAUAGAUACUAGUGUUACAAAGUCAAGAAGAGACCCUAGUGAAAACCCAAAAUACUCCAUUGAAGAAAUUCAAGAUCGGUGGCUCAAAGGAAGUAGGGGAUCAUUAACUCUUGAUGCAGUAAAUAUAUUGAUGAGGAGAGGAGUUAUGUUUCAUCAGGAGUCAGGCAAAUAUACACUCACAAGAGAUCCUAAAGUAAAAAUUCACUCUCUUCAACGUUUGGAUGAAAACCAAAGUCUUGAGAUGGCACGUAAUUUAAAAUGUCAUUAUUUAGUAUUGCGUACUACUGAAGGAAAAUUUUUUGAUUAUUCCCUGAAAAACUCUCCAGGUUUCAUCAAUACAGUUACUGAGUCAGCCAAGUCUUUCAAGCUGGUUAAUGUUGAAGGUCCUCAUCAUGUACAUUUAACAAACCCUGAAAGAGUUGCCCCUAUCAUUAUCGAAUUCUAUAGGAAUAUUAAGUUAUAACACUAUACAUGAAAAAUAAUGUAAAAUAUUCUAAUAUUAAUAUGCUACUAUCAUGUCCAGAGUGUAAGUUAAUUUGUAAUUUGGUUAGGGUUUUAUACUGUUUUGGGCAGUAUUUAUAUGAAACUGUAUGUUGACAGGCAUACAUUAUAUAAUUUGUAUUAUAUUGUAAAUAGUGAUUUGUAGUAAGGAAAGAGAGAAUCAUAAUAUUAAUUUUAUGUUGUAUAUUGAUCUGAUAUUCUGCAACCAUGAACAUUUUUUCUACGGCUUAUAGUUUGCCAGAAACUCAAGAGGUUUAGGUAACCUUUAUGCCCUGACGUGCAAACACUGUCAUAAGCACAGCUCGGCCUGUCUGCUGUCGCUUUUAUUUUGAUGACACACAUACGAGGCCUUAGUUUGCUAAGUGCUAAAGAAAUGUCAUUGAUUGAAAGAGUCUUAAAUGUAAUUAACUGCUCUGUGUAAACAUUGUAUUAUGACAACAAAACUAUGUAUUAAAUUAAUUUACUAUUAUUAUAAAUUUGUUUAUACUUAUAGUCUUGAAAGCAAAGUGUAAGUUUGAUAGUAACAAAAUUUAUUGUAUCAAUAAAAUUGUUUCUGGAGUCCCUGUUGAGCAUAGAGUAAGACCAUUAAAAGUUUUAGGAAAAAUAUAGUUUUAACUGUACAUUUUAGUAAAUAUCAAGCAUUUUCGUUCAGCAAAAAAUUAUUAACAAUAUAAUAAUAUCGUUAUGUUUUUGUAACUUUAUAAUAUAUAGUAAUUAUUUGCUUUAUUAUCAGGUGUUUGUUGAAAUAAAGUCUAACGACUUAUAUCACAAAGUUUAGUUGAUCAUUAAACCCUUUUUUUCUAAGAUACGUCAGGAACGUUUUAUUCAUUUCAUGUUUGGACCCUUUUUGAAUGAAAUAUUAAAUGCAGAAUUAAAACAUUAUAAGAAUAUUGACCUAAAAUUAAAAUUUGUAAAGUUAACAGUUUGAGAACUAAAGCUUAAUAUGUGCUUAAUUGAAAUAAAAGUUACGUUAUGAUUUAAGCAGGGCUGCAUGUGUGACAAUGUGUGCACGUUUGGGGUAGCCUAAACCUCUGGGGCUCUUGUGUCUCCAGACAAACUAUAGUCCAACAAGUGAGAGAUCUGAAUUUGAAUCCUGGCGGAGUAGUAACAUUUCGUGAACCAAUCUUUAUUUAAAUAAUAUAUAUAUUUCCAAACUUUAUUGUAAAUGUAGGGUGUUAAUUUAUUUUAAAAUAUUCUUAUUAAAUAGGUUUGUUUUAGUUCUUCACUUCAACUAAAAUUUGAAACAAAUCAUAAACAAUGAGUUUUGUGUAGACAAAGAAAAUCCUUUAGUAUUUGUAUAUUUUUAAUUUUUUAAACCUUGGUUUGAUGUAUAAAUUUAUGUGUUUUUGAAGUAGUCAUAAAUAAAAUAUGUCAAAAUAGUUAUUGGCCUCAAAAACCAGUUGUUUUUUUAAAUUUAAUUUUUAUAUAUAUAGUUAUAUUAAAGGCAUUUUUAACUUAGUAAAAAAUAUAGGUACUAGAAGUAAUAUUCAAUAUAAAUUUGUAGAUAGUAUAAUUCUGAAAAGAAAAAGAUGAAAAACCAACAUUUGUUACAAUGCUUCUAACCAAAAAUAGAAUGACUUCAGUGCAGUGACGUAGCUACUCAGUGCGGAAGUUUGUUGUGUCACCCCAUUGAAAGUAAAAAGCAACAAAUUUUAUAUGAUUAAGAUCAUGGAUAUAAUUUAUUUUUUUCUUUUUAUCAUCUAUCACUAUAGAAUAAUACAUGUUUAACAAUUCACGCCAACCGAACACAACACACUUCACGAAACAAAUGAAAAAUUUUUCAACUGAAACGUCAAAGAUUGCUAGUAUGCGACGGGGAAUCCCCCACGACAGCGUCAGGCUCUUUUGCGGCAAUUCCCAAAUUAUACAUAGAGCUGAUUUAGUGCUAGUGGAGAAAUCCCCGAAAAAGAAAUUUUUGUGCUAGCGAUUUAUUAAUUUUGUUUGUUUGUACAUUGUUCUUAAAGUUGAGAGACCGAGUGAGUGUCACCCCAAAAAAGGUGACACCCAGUGCGGCCUGCCCCCGGCGCCCUCCCUUUGCUACGCCACUGCUUCAGUGGAAUGCUAUAAUUUCUACUAUUUUAAUUCCUGGUGCAGGGGCUCUACGGGCUACAGACAAAAGUUAGGUAAAUGGGUUAAAGAUGGAUUUUUUGUUAUGAUUAUUAAGAUUGCAGUUUACCAUUUUAUAUUCUUGUGUGCAACAAGUACAAAUAUAAAAAAUUUCAGUUUUUAAGAGAACUAUUGAUAGGUGUAAUGAAAGUCAUACCUUGCCAUUUUAAAUUUAAACUAUUU